AUAAAUAUCUUGAUGUUGAACCUUUAUCCGAAUUACCUAGUAAAAAAUUUUUAAAAAAAUGUUUCAGUAGGUGAACAAGUUUUAAAUCCAUUUCAAUGUUCAUAUCGAUGUCGUGUAUUAUGUCAUUAUCCACAUGAAGUUCCAAAUAAUCCAUUUGAUGAAGAUGCGAUUAGUCGUUCGUCAAUGCCAGAUGGUGUUUCUAUUCGACUAAAUUCUCCUGAUCUCCCAGCAACACAUCCUUUUUUAAUAACACGUCUUGAUGGAACACGUUAUUAUGGUGUUGCAUUAACAUUUUUUGAACAAAUAAAUAAUGAUGAUGAAAAUAUUUCUCAAUUUUCAUCAUCAACAGCAUUUAUUUCUUUAAAUCGUUUAAUUGAAAAUUAUAAUCGAACAUGUCGACAUCAACGCCGUUCAUCAUUAUUAAUUUAUGCAAGCAAAACUAUUUGUUUAAUUGGUUCACAAGCACAUUAUUCAAUAUUUAAACGUAUUUUAGAACUUCUUUAUCGUAUGACAAUUGAACAUGAUUUAUAUAUACCAUCUCCAUCAUUAUCACAUUCAGCUUUUAAAUUUAAUGUUGGUGAAAGACAAUUAACUGUUUGGCAACCAAGUAUUCAUGAUAAUGAUUUACCUUUAUUAGAUUUUAAUUUAUUGGAUUUUUUUUCUCUAUUGGGCGUUGUUGAUCUUGUUACAUGUGCUUUAUUAGAACAUCAGAUUAUUCUGAAAUCUUCAGGUAUUCAUUUUUUUAAAAUUCUUCAUUUGAUAAAACGAUUUUUUUUAUUAUGCUCGACAAAAACUCAAGUUCAUUAUAGCUGUUUAUACGUAUGGGCAAGAUGGUCUCGAUCUCGUCGUGACAAGUAUUGGUAA